AUGCCUACUCAAGGUAUUCACUUCGAUGUUUUUGUCUUUAUUUACUAUAGCAUUUGUGGAAUUCAGCAUCUUGAGCGAGCAGGGAAGAAACUGACUCUCUUUGACUCCCUUUAUUUCUGCAUUGUGACCUUUUCUACUGUGGGCUUUGGGGAUGUCACACCUGAGACAGCACUCUCCAAGCUUUUCGUUGUCAUUAUGAUCUGUGUUGCUCUUGUAGUCUUACCCAUACAGUUUGAACAGCUGGCCUUUUUGUGGAUGGAGAGACAGAAGUCUGGUGGAAACUAUAGUCGUCACAGAGCUCAGACAGAGAAGCAUGUUGUCCUGUGUGUUAGCUCCUUGAAGAUUGAUUUACUUAUGGAUUUUUUAAAUGAGUUCUAUGCUCAUCCAAGACUACAGGAUUAUUAUGUGGUAAUUUUAUGUCCGACUGAAAUAGAUGUUCAGGUUCGAAGAGUCCUUCAGAUUCCAAUGUGGUCCCAAAGAGUCAUCUAUCUACAAGGUUCAGCCCUGAAAGAUCAGGAUCUAUUGAGAGCAAAGAUGGAUGAUGCUGAGGCCUGUUUCAUCCUAAGUAGUCGGUGUGAAGUCGACCGGACAUCAUCUGAUCACCAAACAAUUCUGAGAGCAUGGGCAGUUAAAGAUUUUGCUCCAAAUUGUCCUUUGUAUGUCCAGAUAUUGAAGCCUGAAAAUAAAUUCCACAUCAAAUUUGCUGAUCAUGUUGUCUGUGAAGAGGAGUUUAAGUAUGCCAUGUUAGCUUUAAACUGCAUAUGCCCAGCAACUUCUACCCUUAUCACGUUAUUGGUCCAUACCUCUAGAGGACAAGAGGGCCAGCAGUCACCUGAACAGUGGCAGAAGAUGUAUGGGAGAUGCUCUGGUAAUGAAGUGUACCACAUUAUCAUGGAAGAAAGUACAUUUUUUGCUGAAUAUGAGGGAAAGAGUUUCACAUAUGCCUCUUUCCAUGCACACAAAAAGUUUGGCGUCUGUUUGAUUGGUGUUAGGAGGGAAGAUAAUAAAAACAUUUUGCUAAAUCCAGGUCCACGUUACAUUAUGAAUGCUACAGACACAUGCUUUUACAUUAAUAUCACCAAAGAAGAAAAUUCAGCAUUUAAGAAUCAAGACCAGCUAAGACGAAACAAUGCAUCAAGAUCAUUUUAUCAUGGACCUUCCAGAUUACCAGUACAUAGUAUAAUUGCCAGUAUGGGCACUGUGGCUAUUGACUUACAAGAUACAAGCUGUAGAUCGGCAAGUGGCCCUAACUUGGCUCUUCCUCCAGAGGGGAGCAAAGAAACCAGGAGACCUAGUAUAGCUCCUGUUUUGGAGGUUGCAGACACAUCAUCAAUUCAAACAUGCGACCUUCUAAGUGAUCAAUCUGAAGAUGAAACAACACCAGAUGAAGACAUUUCUACUAAUUUAGAGUAUGCUAAAGGCUACCCUCCUUACUCUCCAUAUAUAGGAAGUUCUCCCACAUUUUGUCAUCUCCUUCAUGAAAAAAUUCCGGUUUGCUGUCUAAGACUAGAUAAGAGUUGCCAACAUAAUUAUUAUGAGGAUGCAAAAGCUUAUGGAUUCAAAAAUAAACUAAUUAUUGUUGCAGCUGAAACUGCUGGAAAUGGAUUGUAUAACUUUAUUGUUCCUCUCAGGGCAUAUUAUAGACCAAAGAAAGAACUUAAUCCCAUAGUCUUGCUAUUGGAUAAUCCCUUAGAUGACUUGCUUAGGUGUGGAGUGACCUUUGCUGCUAACAUGGUGGUUGUGGAUAAAGAGAGUACUAUGAGCGCUGAGGAAGACUACAUGGCAGAUGCCAAAACUAUUGUAAACGUGCAAACUCUGUUCAGGUUGUUCUCAAGUCUAAGUAUUAUCACAGAGCUUACUCACCCAGCCAACAUGCGAUUUAUGCAAUUCCGGGCCAAAGACUGUUACUCUCUUGCUCUUUCCAAACUGGAAAAGAAAGAACGGGAGAGAGGUUCUAAUUUGGCAUUUAUGUUUCGACUGCCUUUUGCUGCUGGGAGAGUUUUUAGUAUCAGUAUGUUGGACACACUUUUGUAUCAGAUCUGA